ACUUAAAGAUGAGAGGAGAUCUCAGUUCCCUUCUUCACUCACUCUGCAACUUCGAGAUCACGGCAAAGGUCAGAUUCCUUAUCUCUCCAUUUCUUAUUUGCUUCGUUGCAGAGAAGAAUUAGGUUUUCCCGAUCUUUGGAUUCUGAUUCGGAUUUUCGAGUUGUUCGGCGAUAAGAAUGGCGGCAACAUCACCAUUGUACAAUCAGCUCAAGGUUGAAUAUUAUAGGCUGCUGAACCAUUCUUCUUGUUGGCUGGUCCAAAUGUGAUCGAAUCCGAGGAACAUAUUCUUCGAAUGGCAAAGCACAUUAAAGACAUUUCCACAAAAGUUGGGCUGCCUCUGAUUUUCAAGUCAAGUUUUGAUAAAGCUAACAGAACUUCUUCAAAGUCAUUUCGAGGUCCUGGCAUGGCCGAGGGUCUGAAGAUUCUUGAGAAGGUGAAAGUAGCAUAUGAUCUUCCAAUAGUUACUGAUGUUCACGAAUCAAGCCAGUGUGAAGCAGUUGGCAAGGUUGCAGAUAUAAUUCAGAUUCCAGCAUUCUUAUGUCGCCAGACAGAUCUUCUGGUUGCAGCAGCACACACCGGAAAAAUUAUCAAUAUUAAGAAAGGACAAUUCUGUGCUCCUUCUGUCAUGGAAAAUUCAGCCGAGAAGAUCAGACUGGCUGGGAAUCCAAAUGUUAUGGUUUGUGAAAGAGGAACCAUGUUCGGAUACAAUGAUUUGAUAGUAGAUCCACGAAACUUUGAGUGGAUGAGGGAAGCUAAUUGUCCUGUUGUCGCUGAUAUAACCCAUUCACUACAACAACCUGCAGGCAAGAAGUUGGAUGGUGGUGGUGUUGCUAGUGGUGGCCUUCGCGAGUUAAUACCAUGCAUUGCAAGAACAGCUGUAGCAGUUGGGGUCGAUGGAAUAUUCAUGGAGGUUCAUGAUGAUCCUCUAAGUGCUCCAGUUGAUGGUCCAACUCAAUGGCCUUUGCGCCAUUUAGAAGAACUCCUGGAAGAGCUCAUUGCGAUUGCGAGGGUCACAAAAGGGAAGCAGCGGCUUCAAAUCGACCUUACACCCUACCGUGAUUAAAAUCAAAGGCUCAGUUCAGUAGUCCCGAGGUCUACUCGUCAGACAUUUGGGUCCCCAGCAAAUCCUGGAGAUUAGAGGAUCCGAGUCAGUAGUGAUGAGCCUUUGUUUCUGUUUGCUCCAGACUUUUGCAAUAUUCACUUCAAAAAGUAAUUCGAACUAAGAUAAUAUUGAGCUAUAUAAUAUAUACACAGAAAUACGGUUGUAUAUGCGUGGUUUCUCUCUGAUUUGUGUACUUGGAUAAUAUAUCUGUUGAACAUUGUAAUAAAUUUCUCGUGAACGGGAAGCCUAGUCGUGCUUGA